GAGUUGUUUCCCGGCAGAGAGACAGCAGCGCGCACAGAGCGCAGAGCGGCGCCCCACCACCGCCUUUGCGUCAACCAUCCUCACACAGCCAGUGACACAACACAACAUCAGCCCCUCGCAGCAUCCGCAUCUCACGGCCAGGAGGACCAGGAGCACAUCUUCAUCUAAGCAUCCAUUCCACAACUGCCCACCACCGUCUGCGCACCGCCGGACACCAGGCGCCUUCAUCCAACGCUUGCUAUUUUGUUUUUCGCAUCGGCUCGGAUUAUUUUCUUUGUUGCAAUUUAUAUUCUCCGAGAUGGUUUUAUGUUUUUAAUCUCGUUUUGUGAGGAAAAAAAAACAGACUUGGGACGAGGAGCAACAUCGUUACAGCGCAAUCCUAUUCUCGGUGAGCAGGAGAUCUGCAGUGGCAAUCCGGAGACGCAGACAGAGAGCUGAAAUACAACAGAGACUGUUUCAGUCGAGGUGAUCGUUAUCCCCUCAGAGAGCUGCCCACGGGACUAUUUCCUCCUAGGCUUUAGAUGCCCAGCGGCAGCCUGUAGCCCGGGACUCCCAGCUCCCCGAAGCAUUGAGGCUUUGAGACCCCCAGGAUCUCCCCUGGCAGACGCUCUUCUGACCCAGUGCGGCUACAGCCCCUGGACGCCUCCCCGCAGUCACCAUGGGAACCGUGCUGUCUUUGUCACCUAGCUACCGAAAGGCGGCUCUCUUCGAGGAUGGACCGGCCACUGUGGGCCACUACACAGCUGUCCAGAACAGCAAGAACGCCAAAGACAAGAACCUGAAGCGCCACUCGCUCAUCAAUGUGCUCCCGUGGAAGCGGAUUGUAGCAGUGUCAGCCAAGAAGAAAGGCUCCAAGAAGGUGCAGCCCAACGGCAACUACCAGAACAAUGUCACCCACCUGAACAAUGAAAACCUGAAGAAGUCGCAGUCAUGCGCCAACCUGUCCUCCUUCACCCAGGAUCAGAGCACUCCGGCUCUCACCAAGAGCUCCAACACAACAGUAUCGUCCGUCAAGAAGGCCCCUCUGGCCAACUCCAACGUGGCCCCCGGGACCCCUAAGAGAGUGAUUGUCCAGGCCUCCACCAGUGAGCUGCUGCGCUGCCUCGGGGAGUUUCUGUGCCGGCGUUGCUACCGGCUGAAACACCUGUCACCCACUGACCCAGUGCUGUGGCUGCGCAGCGUGGACCGCUCCCUGCUGCUCCAAGGCUGGCAGGACCAGGGCUUCAUCACCCCUGCAAACGUGGUCUUUGUCUACAUGCUGUGCCGUGACGUGGUCUCCUCCGAGGUGGCCACAGAGCACGAGCUGCAGGCCGUGCUGCUUACCUGCCUGUACCUGUCAUACUCCUACAUGGGCAACGAGAUCUCCUACCCUCUCAAGCCCUUCUUGGUGGAGAGCUCCAAGGAGACCUUCUGGGACCGCUGCCUGUCCAUCAUCAACCUGAUGAGCGCGAAGAUGCUCCAGAUCAACUCCGACCCACACUACUUCACUCAGGUGUUCGCCGACCUGAAGAAUGAGAGCCAGAAGGAGGAGGAGAGGAGCCGCCUGCUCAUCGGCCUGGACCGGAGGGUGAGGGCCAUCGCCUGACUGGCUUUCUUCAUGCAUCACGGAUGAACAGGCAUCCCCCGGCUGCAAACCCUGGCUCUUUGGAAUGCCAACACCACGUCCCCUCCAUUAAUACGGAUACGACAGGACUUUUUCUUUUUGCUGCGAUGCAUAUCUGAGGGAACCGCAGGGGCUUUCAGUGCUGGAUCCAUACUUUUUUGUGGGUUUCUGUUUGUGGCUCUACAGCAGGACUUAUACUGUACAUGGUAAGACUGGAUGGACAAUAAGCAAACACUGCAUUGUGGGACUUUUGAUAAGAAGACAACAGCCUGGGGACGUGUGGCCAGCGAUGAGUGGUCAUACGGUGUGUGUGUUCAGAAACACCUACUUUAUUUUCAUCUAGAAAAAAAUAAAAGAACAAGUUAAUGGAUGUUUUACUCCCCAGAGGCUUACACCUAUGGAGGCUUAUUUAUUGCUUUUCUGGAACAAGUUUUCUUUGAUUUCUUUCUUUUUUUACUUAGAAAUGUAAUGUUUUGCACGUGUGCCAUGCAAUUUUACAGUUUCCAGGAGGGCAGGAGCAUAGUUUCUUCUUUUUACUUGAUUUGUAAACCAACUGCAUCUGCAUUAGAGAAUGCUGUGAACAAAGUGACACUAGUUUUUUUAGCUAUGCUUGCUAAAAUAGGCUAUUUGUUUACCAGGGAAAUUCUUUUUGUACUUUUGUCGAUAGGUUGUGUUGCAACCACUUUGGAAUGAUGUUUAAUUUUGUGCUUAUUAUUCAGCAUAGAAAAUGUUAAAACAGUGCCAUAUCUUUCAUGAAAAUCCCACAGGUCGGAAAUACUGUACUGUUUGUCCAGCUGUUGAAUGAUGGGGUGGAUUUUCAUCUCCUAAUAACUACUUACUGACACCUAAUUUAUUGCCAUUUAUGUAUUUAUUUAGGCACAUUUAAUGUAAAUGAAAGAUUAGAUGAGAGACUUUGAAAAGGGAAGGGCAUGGAGAGGGGUUUUGCUGGUAGAGCAGGUGUGCUUAUCUUUGGUGGGAAUGAAGAUUGAUCUGGUUUAUACAAACAAGCGUUGAAGGAAUUUAUUGAUCAGUGUCUAAUUAAAAAGCCCUGAGGUCAAAACCAAUGUCAAAUCUGACCAUCACCAAAGUGAUAUCAUCAAGGACACCUUCCCCGAACAACACAUCACUGACCUUAUACUUAAGAAAAUGCCCCCCCAAAAAAACAUAUUUUUGUCCUGCACCUCUGGCCUGAGUGAGGAGCUAACCCAACCCACAUAUCAGAAAGAGAAAGCACACACGUUUCUCCAGGGGAAUAGAUCACUUCAAUGACGCUCGGUCGUUCGGCAUCGCUGCAGAAAAGCACAGCUUACCUUGAGGAUAAUCCAUCAGCAUCACCUCUGUGUAAAUCAAAUGUGAGGCGACCUCACAUCCAUCUAGGGGCUGCAGGAAUAUGAGGUGACCUCCAUGGGGGAAUAAUCACAUUUUCAAUCAUAGAGACCACUUGACUGAAACGACACGCUGCAGAGUGCGAUGGCAGCGACAUGACAACCAAAAACAGAAAGCAUGCAGAACAAUUUCUGUUUCACGGGAGAAUAGUUGAAGCUACUUCACUGCAGCUAUCUGCCGUCUGUGUAAUGACUGCAAUCACUGGAGAAGCUACAGUAUUUCCAUCCAGAAUUGUAUGAGAAAUGUUUUUACUGGUUUCCACAUCUCAUCUCAAUAUAGACGAAUCGUGCAUACUCUCUUUCUUUAGCAGUGUUCAGAAAAGCAUAAUGGGCUGGUUGUGCCAACUAAAGGCUUCUGUCAUGUUUUAAAGUUGUUCCCAGAGGAUGGAAGGCUUCUCCGCUGCCUUGUUAGUGUGAAUCAGAGAAAAUGAGCAGCUCUGACGGUCACGACCUGUGACCUCCUCUGCUGUGGGAUUGUGGCAGCCAUAUGGAGUUAGAUCAGUGAGAGAAAGUUCAUUUGGAGUGUUUGUACUGGCACAAUAGGGGGACUCUGGCAGAAUAAAGCAGGGCAUCGGGGUGAAGGCCCUCAAAAAAAAAGGAGAGCCUGAAUCUUUUUUUCUCUCUGUCCACUUGCCCCGACUCACUUGAAAUGUGCCAUUUUUUUCUCCACUUUGCAUCAUUGAGUAGUUGUUUGAGAAAAUACUUUCAAAAGCUUAUAAAAUAUGAAAAAAGACUCAAGUGAUAGUUAAAGAUUUCUGUCAAAUUCUUUUCUGUAUCUUGUUGCGUACUUUGUAGAUAAUAAAAAAAACGAAACAGUGGUUAGGAACUUGGAAAAGAGAGAGAGAGACGGGCAUUUGAUGGCUGCAUGUGUGCGCGGAUGUGUGUGCGUGUGUGUGUGCGAAUGACAGCGUUUUAUUUGUACAGAAGAAUGUGUGACAUGUUGUUUUCUUAUGGACACGGAGCAUACACCAACCACGCCGGUACCAGGACUUGGCAGGGGGGUGAGGGAGGGGGGUGUUGAUGCUGUUCCAAUAAAAAUGUUCUUUUUUGAAAAAGACAAAAAAGCUGUUGCUGUAAUUGAAACCUUUUUCAGUUAGUUUCUGCUUAUUUUAAUUUAUUUUUGUACUGUGAUGGAAAAAUAAAAUGCACUGAUCGUUCAA